AUGGAUAGCGAUCUAAUUCUCAAUUAUGAGUACAUUGCUGCCAACAUCCAAGAGUUUAUAGAUGAAGGUAAUCUUUAUGAUAUUUUCGAAGAAGAAGACUUGAAAAUAAUUUCUUCUUAUUUAAAUAUGACAGCAGAUGAAUACGACAUGUUUAUAGAGCGUUCUUCUUCCACAAUGACACCAAAACAACUAUACAAGCGUUCUAAAUAUAUAAAUGUUUCAAUAAACAACAAUAAGGAUUUGAUUACAAUUCUGCAAUCUGUACAAAAAUAUAUGAGAUUAGAAUUGUUUAAUAAUGCAAUCAAAUACUUAUCUAGUAUACAGGAGCAAACAAACCAAGAAUUUUUGUCACCAAAAUCACAACUAAAUGAAAAAGAAUUAAAAAUCGCCCAAUUAAAUGAGGAAGUGCUUUCAAAAGAAUUCCAACUCAGGUUUAUUGAUUAUAAAAAUUCAACAGAUUUUCAAAGUAUAUACGAUUUCUUUUGUGAAAUGGCAGAAAAAGGAUAUUCAAAGUUCAUUGCAAAAGCAUGUGAGGAAGGUCUCAGCGACAAGAAAAAUGCAAAUAAUAAUAACAUACUUAUUGAAGCAUCUAUAAGAGGAAAUCUCAAACUUGUAAAAUACCUUAUUGAAAGUGGAUGUGACAAAGAAUCUAGAGAUAAUAAAGGCUGUACACCACUCAUUCAUGCAUCAAUUGAGAACAAUAUAGAGGUGAUUAAUUAUCUAAUCUCAGUCGGUGCUAACAUUGAAGGAAAAGAUAAUAGUGAAGCUACAGCACUUCAUAUUGCAACACAUUACAAUAAUAUUGAUAUAGUUAAAUAUCUGAUCUCAGUUGGUGCAAAUAUUGAAGUAAAAGAUAAAAAUGGAUGGACAUCACUUCAUUAUGCAUCGGUAUGCAACCACAUUGAACUCGUUAAAUAUCUCAUUCAUUCUGGUGCUGAUAAAGAAGUUAAAGAUAAAAUCGGAUUAACUCCAUUUAUAUAUGCAUCAAUUAACGGAAAUCUUGAAUUGGUUAAGUUUCUUAUCUCUAUUGGAUGUGACAAAGAGGCAAAAGCCGUGAAUGGUAAAACUCCACUACAUGAAGCAUCAUUUAGAGGCCAUCUUGAAGUAGCAAAAUAUCUUGUUUCAUCUGGGGCAAAUAUAGAGGCAAGAGAUAAUGAUAACAGAACUCCACUACUUCUUUCGCUACUUAAUGAUAAACCAGAGUUAGCCAAAUAUUUCUUCUCUAUUGGUGCAAAUAAAGAGGCAAGGGAUAAUUAUGGUGAAACCCCAUUACAUAUAGCAUCAUUUUUAGGGAAUAUAGAAAUAGUUAAAUAUCUUAUUUCAGCUGGAGUAAACAAGGAAGCCAAAACAAGAAAUGGAAAUACUUUACUUAAUUUAGCAUCACAUAAUGGGAAGCUUGAAGUUGUCAAAUAUCUUAUCUCUAUUGGUGCAAAUAAAGAAGCAAAAGAUAAAAAUGGAAGAACUCCUCUACUUAAUGCUUUAUAUUAUAAGCAUUUUGAGAUAGCAAAAUAUCUAAUUUCAAUUGGUGCUGACAUAGAAGCAAAAGAUAUUGAUGGAAGAACUCCACUUAUGUGGGCAGCUGAUAGGGGUAAUUUUGAUGUUGUAAAUGUCUUGGAUCAGCUGGCGCCAAUAAAGAAGCAACAGAUAAUUUUGGGGUUCAUACAUUUAUUUUUCCUCUUACACAUAAAGGUGAAGAAUAUAAUCAAAUAUAUAAUUAUCUAUACUUUAGAUAUUAAUCUUUCCCAAAUUGAACAGUACAUCUUCAAUCCCAUGCCCAUGUUGUUAUGGCUUGCAGAACCUUCAUCCCAUAAAAAAGUCGACACUUUUGGAGUAUCGCCUAUCCUACUGCUUCAAAAAUCAUCACACCAUGGAGAUAUAUUAAAAAUGAAUCUUUGA